AUGCUAACAGAUCGUCAACGCGAGACCUGUACGUCUCGUCCGCUCGCAGUCGACGCAGUUUUCUGAUUUACAACGGCACCAAACUAUUAAACAGACGUCUUUGGUGUAGUAAACAGAAAACAAGUCCACAUAUAUGCAUAAUGACAGAUGGGCACUCACUGAUCAGUUUACUGAACGUGCUUGUUCCGUUGUGCCAUCGGGCUCAUACUAGAACCCUCUCAGUCAGUCGCACAGUGACUUGUAUUAGAAGUAAAUGACAGGAUACCGACAAAGACGGGGAGGAACAGGAAUAGCCAUGUCUGGCUUAUUGGACGUCAUCAGCCAGUCAUACCCAACCCUAAGUGUGGAUCACUUGGGAUUCGAACCCGGGAUAUUUGGUCAUGGAGGUUGACACUGCGCCAUUGAGCUACUGGUCCGCGUUCCGUCGGUUGCGAUCGGGAAUAUCAAUCAUGCCAGAUGGGCGCUCACUGAUUAAGUUACUCAGUCGGUUUUGUAAAAGUUGUGGCUUGGAACUCUGUCUACUUUGGGGAGGACUCGACUCUCUUCGGAGUUCUGGGAGUUAGGUUGCACUGCCUCCUUCUUCAUGUGACUUUUAUGGCACUCCAACUUGGUUGGAGUCCUAACUACUCCCUUCCUCGUUGCGUAAAUUCCUGGUUAUUUCACCGUGAUGGGCCAGGGGGUGUGGUGACUCGCUUUGACUGGGGUUUUUACCAUGCCGACCAACUGCACCCUCGCCUCCUCCGAUCUUCUUGACUCUGUCGUUUCGCCAGACCCAGUUGGGGGAGGAGAAAACAGAGUAGUAGUUUUUGAGUCAACUAUCACUAUAAACCAAUUCACGCGAAAUUCACUGCUUCCGCAUCUACGCACUUGUAGUACUCAUUGUAAAGAUUGUCCAAAUCGACUGCCGAACUGUCCUGUGUCUGAAAAAUGGGUAACAGCAUGUCGUGACCUAAGUCAUAAACGCUGUCGAAAUUUACUAGUGAUUGCUAAUCAUUGGCAAAUCGACCAUAAUGCAUGAACCCAAUGUCUACGUCACUUAAUAAUAAUACUUGAGGAAGUAAAGCAUAACAGAAACUUUAAAAGCAAUAUUUGGUUAUUCAGAAAUGAUAAUUCCUUGUAAUAGUGGAAGACCCCAAAAGCGUCAAAAGUAGUUGUGGUGGUGUGGACUUCAGUUUCAGAUAUACAGAAUGCCUGUGUUGCAUCCUGUUGGUCUAUGCUUGAAGUUCUUCGCGUCCUCUGCGCAAGUGCUUCCAUUAUUUGCUCCCUGUUGGCAUUGCUCUUUUCCGUUCGUAACCUUUCUUCAAGCAUGGUCGGUGUUCCUUGAAUUAACUAAGUUUUCAUUCUGACAUUGAGCUGGAAAUUCGAUUUCGUUCAAUAGUUAUGAAGGAAUUCUUUCGCUAACCUAUCCCUUGUUGAGGUUUGCAUGUUUUUUUAUUACCUAUCUUCUACAUACAGAAUCACAUGUACAUUGAAGUUUGUAUUUUUUCGACUUAUACGUGACGCUUUGACUAUUAGAGAGUUCAGCCGUACACUGCAAUAGUACAAUACAUUGAAAGGAAUUGGUUUUAUUAAAUGCAGACGCGUUCGAUGAAGAGUGAAUCGCAAAUGACGGAACAGGCUUUUUGACUAGAUGAACCGGAUGCCGGUUAGAUCGUAUUUGGUAGCCCUCCCUGUACUGAAAACGCCCAGCUACCUGUCUUACGGGACCGGUGGUAAUAGGUGCUAUACGGGUGGGGUGAAUGAGUGGUGGCGUAAAUGGCUCUUAUAGUGUUUGCCUGGAAUGGACGCUCCUGGUAAAGUUGUUGCCUAAUUUAAAUAAGGUGACAAAUGCAAGGAAGAUAUAGUAAUGAGCAGGGAUACUUAGUACGGUAUGCGGAAUAAAUUCAUCUUUGCCCCAGAUUGGAAAGAACAACAAGUGAAGGCGAACAGCCAAUAGGAAGUAGGCAGUUUGUUCUAAGGUCAUCUCGCAGUAUGUGCGAUAGUACUUUAACCGAUAGAAUGGAUAUGAGAACACGAGAGUCAAGCAGCGGCACGCAGGAUGCCAUAACGGAAGCGGGGUAAGACUUUAAUGCGAAAAAUAUGUUUGGGCGGAAGAGAAAAUCCGCAAAUAAUAGUGUAUUGCCAAUGUGGUCGCAUUUAUGAUUCAAGCUAUGGCAGUAGUUGUGUGCUAUACGUGAAUGGUGUACUAGACAAUGCAAAGAGGAAUUGGCAGGAAUUGGCGUAUGAACAAUUAACGUAUUAAUCCGGACUCAGGGAAACUGAAUCUCAGUGUAACUUUCUGAAACCGGACGACGAACCACUUAAUGACUCACAAAUAAUAUUUAAUGUUCAAAAUAUGAAGAACUCCAGGCACCAGAAGGGCAGCAGAUAAAUAAUGACUGCCCUUGCGACUGUGGUGCAGUUAAAAAUGCAAUUAAACACUUUUGAGUAAUUUCUGACAGCUUGAUCAACUUACUAAAUACGCAUGUUUGUGGGGACUACCGAACUGCCCACGUGCCACAACACCGUAUUGAUCGGGUGACUAUUUGAACUGCAAGCAUGCAUUCACCAAUGCAGCGGACCCUAAGGCAGUAUUCGUCUCAAGGGCUGAGCGGACAUGGCGAAGAGAACAUCCAACUGGAUUUAUCGUUUCUUACUAUUGUUUGCCUUCUGGCUGACGAGCGGGAUUCGGUUGGGCCCCGCGGACAAGGAGAGAAUUCUUCAACUUCAUUUCAAUGUCCGUAACAGAGUGAGACCAAAACCGCGUCGAAUGAAUAUCCUUCAGUAUUCGGAUCAAUUUUAAGGGUUUGCUGAGAAGUGGGCUAAUCGCUGUGAGUGGGAAUUUCCCGAUGCUCUCGAACAUCUCGAUGUCGCUGAACUGGGCAUGAAUAUUGCAGCCAUUGGCCGUGAGGAUCGUGAGCCCAAUUUGCAAGAAUUCUUUGAGGUCUGGCUUCGGGAGGCCAGGUUCUACGCCUUCAGGACAAACACCUGCGCGGCCUUCUGUCAACACUACACUCAGCUGAUAUGGGACGACACAGAGGAAGUUGGUUGUGCGUUGCACUUCUGCAAUGGAACGGCCGAUGCCCGUAAGGUAUUUGUGUGCUUGUAUCGGCCACCGGGCAACUUUGAGGGACAAUGGCCUUACGACCCAGCUGGAUCCAUGGAACUUGGGUCUGAUGAGGUAGAUGACGACGAAGAUGAAGGAAGUGAGGGUAGCCAGCAGGAUGAUGAUGACGAGGAUGAGGAUGGCUCGGCUGGAGGCCGGAAGGAUGCGGAUGACGACAACGACGACGACGACGAUGACGCUGAAAAUGAAGGGGGAGUACAGGAUGACGAAGAAGAGGAAGAAGAGCAAGGAGGUGGGAGGAGAAACUCGGGGGCGACUAAAGCCACUUUUCAAACUUAUCCUCUACUUUUUGGGAAUUUUAUUUUUCUGGCCCACUACUAGCACAGGCGACUGAUGUCAUCUUUGGCCAAUCUUGUUCAUGGAGUGUUUGAGUCGAAAGAUUUUUCGUCUUCUUAUUUUCCUUGCAUGCGCUCCUUUUUAAUAUAUAAAUACUAGCUGUACCCGGUCACGCGGUGCUGUGACUCAGUCUUAUGAGAUGGAAAAGAAGGAAAAGAGUAAGAGGCACGCUUCUAAUAUGUCCAAUUUCAAAAUGCUUGUGGGUAUACAAUAUUUUUUUGUCAUUGCACUACCUGUGCAGAUAUAGAAAUUAUCUGGUUUGCCGACUCUGGAGCAUGCAACAUGUAGUUGACCAUGUGAACAACAAUUCGGUUGCAGAUCCAAAGCGCACAAUUCUACAGAUUAGCCAUGAGUUUUGUUGACGCUGAUUGCAAACACCAAUCGAAUCAGGAAUUUCAGUCUCCUACAUGGAAAUGGCAUAUCAGUUGGAAUCGGUGGAAUGCGAGGAAUAAGGACAUGUUCACCUUUAAAAGAUAGUUGCUUCCACAACGUUUCUCAUCAAUUUUUUUACUGCAAGCCAUGAGAAUCGGCAAGACGAUUUUCAAUUGCAGUACGUGCGGCGGCAUCCCUGCAAACCAAGUACAUUCAAAAAUUCUGUUGGAUAAUUAACUGCCUCGUCUGCUUCCACAACAAUGCCGACGGACGUGGAUGUGACUGCCUAGCUUUGAACCCUACUCUGAAUAAUAUGGUCAAGUUGGUAGGCCCCUUUGUUAUUGACCGCAAGAAUUGCUCGUCCGCUAAGCCAAUCGGGAUUCGUAUAAUUGGUUUGAAUAUUGAGGUAUACUUUUUCAAUCAAUUCUUGACGCCAAUAAAUUGCCCAAGGUAAGAAAUAGUGAAAUGCGUCCUGAAGUCGCGUCAUCCAGCACCCUUCCGUUCCCAAUUCGUGUGAGAAUAUCUCAGCUGACCAGUCGGUUUGCAGGUAGACACGCAUAUUUGUAGUUAAUUUUACCGUCUGAACGUGGCGCCAUAAAGUACUGUAUUUCAGGCAGGUAUUAAUUUCGUCCGCUGGUUUUUACCUAGGAAUUACAGGCAAUGUUUGCCUGAUGUCUCCUGCAAGCAGUAGUAAUGCGUCUCCAAAUGGUCUGGUACAGUAAAUGUGCUAACUCAUGAAAUGUCAACCAAAAUUCCGAAAUGCGUUCUCGUUUCGAAAAGAUAAAUAAAGUAGUAUUGUAAAACUAAUCAAGAUGUAGCAUGAUACUAUAAUUAUCCAGUUACCUCAGGGUGUCGGCUUUCGAAAGAACUUAUUUUCGGCUGCAUGCAAGAUCUUUACUCGGCAAAAAAUGACUACUUAAGUAGUAUGCAAUUUUCUCAUUGAUUUUCGAUGCCCUUGGAAAUUCAAUUAUAUUUCAUGGAAAACAUGCAUAAAAAUAUUCAUUCUUUUACUUAUUCGGUAGAAAAUCACAUCUUCUUUCAACUUCAUACUCAAAAGAAGAGUAUAAUUCGGUUUUAAAAAACUUUUCUAUUUCCCGAAUAAUUUUGAACCCGACCUGCUGUUACACUUGCAUUCAGGGUUUCAAUACUACAAGCGGUUUAUUUUCCGUGUACGGAAAACCAUGCAUUUCUCUACGGUGUUAAGAGGAGACCAUAUGAGGUUCAUAAAAUUAAGCAGUGGAUUUGAGCAAUAUUGUUAUCUUUACAAGCCACAUUCGUAAAUGGAGAUGCAUGAUGUUUCAUGAACGGCCAUUUAAAGGUAUUAAAAAAUCUCACAAUUAGAAACUUUUUUAAAACCGAAUCAUACUCUUCUUUUGAGUAUGAAAUUAGAAGAAGACGUGAUUUUCUACCGAAUAAGAAAAAGAAUGAAUAUUUUUAUGCACGUUUUCCAUGAAAUAUAAUUGAAUUUUCAAGGGCGUCGAAAAUCAAUGAGAAUACUGCGUACUACCUAAGUAGCCAUUUUUUGCAGAGUAUAGAUCUUGAAUGCAGCCGAAAAUAAGUUCUUUCGAAAGCCGAGACCCUGAGGUAACUGGAUCAUUAUAGAUUUAUGCUACAUCUUGAUUACUUUUACAACACUACUUAAUUUAUCUUUAUCUUUAUUUUGGUUGACAUUUCAUGAGUUAGCACAUCUACUGUAUUUCCGCGCAAAUCUUGCAGUGAGCGAUCAAGGGUCUCGGGAGUUUUUGCGUGCCAUUGUGCAUUCAUCCCAAGCAAUAGGUUUGCAUUUCUGCAGUACUUUUUCCAUGCCGGAUGCCUUGGGAACGUUGCAAGUGGGAGUUCAACAUUUCGAUGGCAGUUUCAAAGCGGAAUGAGCAGUUCUUCCGCCGGGUAGUAUGGUCACAGCUGUUCCAGACGAGGAAUGAGGAAUGUCGUUUUUGGAUCGAAUUACUGCCAGAAUCAGUCUUAUUAGGCAUGCUUUGUCAGUCAUUCCUUGCGCAUCUAAGAAGAAUACUUUCCCAACCCCCAAUUGACAGUCCGCAUUAUUUGAUCGUAAAUGCUAUUCUGGUCCAGUGCUAGCCUAGGAAUGUUUGAUUGCAGAUACGACAGAAAAUCAACUGUGUUAUAGUUUUGCUCGGGCGGAUGGCGGUAACGUUCUAACAGGCCGCUGGCCGAGGCGGGUGGGAGGGGGUGAUGUAUACUCCAUUCAGUCAUCACUGUGGAACGUGUCAUAUGUAACACAGUUGACAAACCUCAAUGACUGGAAAGACCUUGAACCGGGCACAUUCACUAACAGCGUGCGAAGAAAGAAGCACUCGUCCCGAUGGGAAUGCACGGGAUACAGUCUGCCUAUCACAGCUCCUUUGAAUAUGUCCGGUUUUCCGCCGACUCGUUCUCCACGUUUGCGUCGCUCGAAAGAUUACCUACAUGCAUUCCAUGUGUAAUACGCAGGCACUUCCGAAUACAACAGUGUUUUCGCUAACGCGUCAUUUUGGCAUAAUGUGAAGAAAGCAGUUAUUGUUGUUGCCGGUGGAUCUAGGACUACUUUUGCACAUUUGCAGCGGUAAAGUAAGUGCGUUGCCUAUUCUCUAAAUGUGCUGCUAAGUGAACAACAGUUGGACGUCGUUCGUGUGCGCGAAAUGAAAGAAUUUGCCAUACGGUUUCGCUGCUACUGAUGUAUCGUCCAGCCCGAUACUGUGCAAUUUCAUCGACUUGCAUGUCCGCAUUCCUUUCUCCCCUUUCUGGGUUGAGGCCAAAAACGGCCAUUUCGCUGCCUUUAUUCACGUACUUUCAAAUGUAUCUAAGUGAUUUCACGGAGUUGCAGUAUUCCACAUUUAUGUGCGCUUUGUGUGCUUUCAAAAGCAAAGACGAAUAUGGAACAUCUCAGCGCUUAUCAACACCUAUGUCAUCGUCUAGCAUUUGUAUGUUCGCCAAUUUGCCGCCGUCUUCUGCUGAUCGUCUUCUGUAUAAGGGAUAUCCAUCAGCCCUGAAACUGUGUUUACAUACCAAUGCUUGAGGAUAUCGCUCAGAGUAUUUUCCCCCUUUAAUGCAGGGGGAAUUGGCAUGCAGUCUACCACAAGGUGUGAUAUCAUGCCUAUCCACCGGUGACUGCUGAGGAGUAAGAGCUGUUGAAUACCACUUCAAGCGGGAUUACAUGCUAAUCUAAUUGAUAGGUCCAAACGCCCGUACGGACAAACAUAAGCAUUAGCAUCUUGAGCGUACUCAUGCAUAUCGCGUGAACCGCCUGUAUAUGGGGGUGGCAAAGUCGCUAGUCUUCCAACGUUUAUUGUAUUACCGUUGUUUACAACGGCAUCGCCAAAUGAAUAUAUUGUUCAGAGCGAAGCGUGUUCUGAUUCAAGUGAAUAAAAAAACAGACGUUUUGUUUCGAUUUUUGCAUACAUAUCCAUGCCGUAGUGGUGAAACAAUUGACGGCAUUUCAAAAGGAAAUUGUAUGAAUUCUAUGGAAUCAUUAGUCGAUAUGAGUAAUAGUUCAUUGCGCUGCACUUCAUGUGCGUUUCCCCGUCGCCGACUGGAUUUAUCACCUUUACACUGAAGUGAUAUUCAUCGGAUACUGCAGGGCAUCGUAGCACCGAUGAGUUUCUGCAACUUUUGUCAAUUGAUCAUUUCUCCGAUGGAGGGCAAUACCUCUAUGUUGAAAUUGAUCCUCGACUAUAGCAAUCGCCACUUCGUCUUUAGUUGGAGCGCGGAGUCUUUGCUCAUGUUGUCCAGCAGGCGUUUUGUCAACCUAAAUGACAAUCUUGUGCGUAUCAGAUGGCAUCAUGGUAGUUGCGGUUUUGUAUAAACUCACUAAGGUGUUGUUUUCGUGGAGAUGCUCUUGCAGUUGCGAAACGAUGGAACCUUUAUGCCGGUAGAAAUUCCGCAGCCUUCAUUCCAUUCGUCGUAGUCAUCACCGAUGAAGUAAAUUUGUAGGAAUUUGUUCUGAUCCCUUGGGUGUCGAAGAAGGGAGCCGGUUAUAUGAUAAAUUUGUCCUUUCGCUUAGGAAGUUGGCAUGAAUAGACCCGUUAUGAUAUCUGCGCAGAACAACGUCAUUUGGAAGCAUGAGUUGUAGUCCCUGAUGUUACAAAGGAAGGGCUUUGAUUCGGCGGUCUUUCGGCAAGCAAAGUUUCUAAUGGCUCUGGCGUUUCUGAAAGUUCAAGUAGUUUACUUUUUCUGGUGGCGCAACACAUUCCUUUAGCCUCUCUGUUAAACAUCAGAGCAUUGCAAUAUGGACACUCUUCAGUCAUAGUGCGACUGUGAACAUUCCGGCUCAAGCAUUUGUCGUCAGCUGCGUUGUACCGGAAUGCAAAGCGAUUGUAGUCGCGUGAAUACUGAACAUGACUUCGUAUUUGGCACUGAUCUGCUGUCCCUCGCUAACGCCUUUCAGUCACUCUCAGCUUGUCCCGUUCAUUCUGUUGACAGCGAACCAGAAUGCGAUCUCCGUGUUUGCAGCCGGGCUUUGUCAAUUCGAGCUGCAAACACUCGGUUGCUUCCUCGGCAGGUGUUUGAGCCAUUCUUCGUCUGUUUUGAUCAUUCGCUAAUGCCCCGUUUUUCUGCAGUAUGAUUUGCAGUUACUCGUCGCACUGCUUCCGCUGCGCGAAAACAACGACCCAAGCAAAUCAAUUGCACUGGAGAAAGAAGAAAGAAAGCUAUAGCAACAAAGUCACAUAACUGCGAAACUUUGAGAAUUCCCAUUAAAAAAUUCAAAAGACACCUCAACCCAGAAUUCACCUCACUCACCCAAACCCCAGUUACAGAAUAAUUUCUGCUUGCCCGCAUUUUCCUUUUAAUCAUUUCGACAGCAUUAUAAACGUAUAGCCAUGUCAAUGUAUGACUGACAAAACUAGAGAGCUCGUCUGCGCGUGCCGCAACCAAGACCCACCCCCUAAACGCACUCACCAGGAUUACACACUCAGGGAAACCUCUUUGAAUCUCACAUGUCUCAGGCCGAACCAUUAAGAAGAAGCCAUCGGAGACUGACUCAGUUCAGCAGACAGACACUCAGUUUGCAAAUAAAACGGCUGAGCUCUAUGCGUGGUCUGAGUUGAAGCGUCAUUUGGCAACCUACCAGGCCACAACUUUUGAUUUACCACGUCAGUCUUGAACGUGUCGGAUUGGUUAUAUCAAUGGAUUUUUGCGCUGAGACAUUCGACCUCCCUCACUCUGCCCCACAUCGUGCCUUUAAACCAGCGAUGCUAAGAUAUCGAGGGUGGACUGACAAACUUGAGAUCACCUUGUCACCCUGUGCCACACAUGACCCGGCCCCCAUACAAACACCAUAUUUUUAUACAAGAGGAGUACACUGUUAAAAAUCCACAUGCAGCAGAGGAGCCACAUGGAGAAAGCAGUCGACGGGCAGGCUUCGCACUUACGUGAGAGGUACCGGUGGUGUGGGAUUUUGAGGUGUUUAUGCGGGUGCAUGGGUGGAUGGGAGAACGCAGGCUGAUAUCUGCGGUGAUUUACCCCCAGAUUUCUAUGAGUGAGCAUGUCACCAGUUCAUGACUAGGGUAAUGCGGUUAUUUGAGGCGACGGCAUCAGAUGUAGGUUGGUGCUCAGAGCACAGGUUGUCCUGGUAUCUGUGUACUGAAUUCGCAAAUGACUGACCAAGCCGAUGUACGAAGAGAACGCAUGGUGAGAUUGUGUCCAGGAAAGACUAGGAGAGGUGGAGUCAGUUGUCGUUUUGAUGCUGCUAUUUGUGGCUGCUCUGACUCUUGGAGAGUUGAGUAGGCUAUGGAAGGGAGGGUGGGUGGAUGUGCAAGGUGUGUUAGUUGUAUUGAGACCGCAGUCUGUUCCGAUGUUAUUGAAGUUCACGUGACCGAAUGGGCGUGGACAGUGUAGACAGCGAAGGCGGAUACGCACUGGUGCGUCGAUUACAGCAUGAUGGAUCCGCGAGUAACCAACCAGGCCGUUGUGAGAUAAAUGUACGAUCACAACUAAGACAGGUUGAGACCGAGCCCACGUCGCUGGAGGUAAUAAUAUGAAUAGUGAAGGUGGUGGAUGGUUAUACGAAUGGCCAUAUCGGAUCACAUGUGUGUCCACAACAGCGGAAUUGAUCGCAAUCUGACGGUCCUACUCUGAGCGCCAGUCGUAACGCUGGGCCUCUCGCCAAUAUCCACAAGUGCGCACCGGGCUGUCCGGCGUUCGUCCACUCUGCUUUCCAACUGGCCAAUCAAAUUCAAGGUCGAAUAAGACGUGUCCUGGUUUGAGAUGCUUUGACGCAUUCCCCGACUAACACUCCUUCAAGUCCCUUCUCCAGUUGUUUUGUGCUGAACUGUCGUCCAUGUUCUCUUUCCAUUCGGGAGCUGGUCAGAAGGUCUAGGUAGCCAGGGUCUCACUCACGGCCUAGGUUUCUGUAAUACCAAAUUUGACACACCUAACACACCUUGCUUAUCUACUAAAUGUCACAUCCCUAACCCUAUCGGCACCCCAUCCAUCAGCGUGCAGAUGUGUAACAGCAAAACAAAGGUAACCGACGUAACAGCUUCCAACUUAUUCUGCCUAUACUGUCACCACGCGUUCAGCCCAGGCGUCGGUCGUGUCGGUCACUUGCGAAUCCAUCGCAGAGACUGGCGAACUAGUACCUGGAACGCCAACACAAACCAGAUACCAGCGCCUCAACUUUCCGAAAUGCCCCUGCACAUUCAGCCAUCGCAUUCGCUGACGUGACCAAAUGCGCUUUCGAGAAUACCUGUGGUUAAUCGGCGUAGGCCUGAUCACCUCAUUACACAUUCCUCAUCAAUGCAUACACCACAUAAUCACAUCUCCAACAUUACACACCACUAGCACCUCUCACGUAAGUGGAAGGUGUGCUCUUCGGCUCCUUUCUUUACGCGUUUCCACUUCUGCAAAUAAAAUCUGAACGGAUUACCCACUUCUGUGUGAAAUCGGGGUGUAUGUAAGGAGAGCCAGGUCGCGUGUGCAGCACACGCAGAUGAGGUGUUCUCAGCUCUGUGAGUCACCUCCAUACUCUCAAUUAUACUCAGUUUGCCGACUCGAAAAUUCGACCGAUGCUGCGUAUAACGUGGAAUGAGUGGGGCAGACGCACUGCGUAUAAUUCCUCCCUAUAAAAAAUUACAUAAGCUUGGAACUAUCACGGCGCGCUAGAGGCCGUAUCUUGCAAGGCUGCCAGCUGACGCUCCAAGUCAGAACACACGGUCAGCACAGUCGCGUGUUUGUGAGUGAAGUGAAAAACUGAUGAACUGAAAGGUAAACCACAGUAGCUCCUUCUUAGUGUGGCAUUUAUGACACUGUCACUCGGUAGGAUCCAAGCCUCCCUUUUUUACUUAAUGCAAAAUCCAAGACAGCGUACACUGUGGCCCAGGCGAUGCGGUGACACCCCUAGAUAAGGGCCUUUGUCAUGCCAGCCACCCCCGCCAUCUCACGUCUUCGGCAUUCUUGACUCUUGCCUUGCUUAAUUUCUGACUCUGUAACGACACCAAGCCUAUAUGUAGGAAGAGGUGAGAGUGAAAUGAAUGCAGCGCAAAUGUGCCACAUUAUAAAAGAAGUCACGCUCAACUUACCAUCCCUUCUCUCAUUCUGCUGUAGGGCAUACUAUGAACAUCGUCAACGACGACGCUCGAACUCUCAGUUAAACGUUCAGGCAUGAUUUUUUUACUGAUAAGCCGAACGAAUCCCCAGCGAAUGUUCUGGUAGUCGUGGCUAUGUUGGGACCUGCCGUAUGUUGCUUGUUUAUUUCCAAGGCCCCAACAUUGGCUUGAAAACCACAUCCACAUGACCAUAAACAAAGUGACUCACCACCUGUUUUUAUGAUUUUGAACCCACACAAUUAAUAUUUAAGGUUCUCUCAACUGUCAAAUUUUGCAAGAGGUAACCGUCAAUGUCUGAAAUAUCUAAACAAUGUUGACCGGAUGGUACCUGAUCGUCGGUCCACUAGACUGUGUGUUACAUUAUGAAUAAUACAACCGACCAGAUCAAGGAGGAUGUGACAGGAGUCAGCAUCCAAGAGGUACUGGCUACAAGCGUAACAUACAAUUUAUGGUAAAAAAACAUUGCAUUCCGAGUAGUUAGAAUACUAGUAAUCAGAUAGUCCCUUUCACAUGAUCAGUCAACAUCCUGAUUAAAAUGUUUCCAACCAAGCACCACAUUCCAGCACGGAGUACUUCCCUGCUAGACUCUGCCGAGAAGGGCGCGUUAGAGAGAAUAUGGCAGGAUUGCACACGCAGAAUAUGCUAUCAACGUUUUGCAAAUACGUCAGCAUAACUGAACGGUCGUUUUGGCAAAUUGUCUUCAGGUCUGGUGAGCUGCGUAAAUUGGUUAAAGUAACAGCAUAAACAUAGGUGCGAUAAUUUAAUUUCCAGGAGAUGAAGUGUGUGAGGUUGUAAAAGCUGCGGGACAGAGUUAUUUAGGAAAGAUUGAGAGUCGAAGGAGGAGGAGCAGGUAACUGGAUGCGCUGGAUAAUUGAGAACAUAGUUGAUCACUAUUUGCUUUUCUAGCAAAUUUGGUGAAAAGUCAAUUUGGCAAACACGUGUUUUCGGUAACUCGACAUCAGGUCAAGACAGUCACAUAGUAGUUGAGAAUAUGCGAACUAGCAGGCUGUAUAAGUGAUUCUGGGCUAUUCACACCUAUCGUUCCCAGGCGACUCAUCGUUCCCACGCCACUCGCACGGCGAGGCGCGAUAUGGCGUGGUUGGCGUGUUGUGGUCAUUGGGUCAAGGGGGCGAGGUAGAGGGGAAAAUAGCCUGCGAGUAAUGUUUGUACGUCAGGUACGUUGUGCACACACCACUGCCAUCAGGUUGGGGCGACGUUGGGGUCAGCGUUGGCCACGGAAGACAGAGCGCCUGUGUCAGAGUCGUCUGACAGCAUAGCACUGGAUUGGCUAGCCGUAUAGCCACUGCCUCGGCUGUAGCUAGCACCCGUUGGCGUAGGCCUCCGGAGAAGCUUGCUGGUGUCCGGUAGACAACCUGAUCGGCUUCUUUGGCAUCGACUCGGUGAUUCUUAUCGACAAGAUGUGCGGGAAUAGAACUCGAGAUCGAUUUCUUUUCACCUCUGUCUAGCCAGGCCGGUAUGUGUUCACGUACUCUCUUUUCCAGGCGCCUCGUUGUAUGGCCAAUGUAUCCCGCCCCACAGGAGCAAGUGAAUGAGUAAAUACACAUCGAUGUGGCCUGCAACGGGAGUCGGCCGUUAUCUCUCAAGCGUAGGAGAGGAGUGUUCAUGAAACAUACGCGUAAGUUCGCCGCGGGGAAAGCGCUAGUGAUCGCGGUCUUCAAACGUCUUUUUACUAGGUAACUUGCUGCGUCCCCUUGAAAAGGCAGUCUUAUAAAUAAUUCUUUCUUUUCUGACGUUGCUAUGGUGGGAUUUGCAGUGCGCUCCCCCAUAUUUCGGAGGAUUAAUCUUCCUAGACAUCCGUUUUCGUGGAGUAUAUCCUGCGGCUGCUGGAAUUCUGCCUUAACAGUCACAGGAGGGCAGAUACGUCGCACUCUAGUUGCCAAUUCCUGGAUCAAAUUGCGUUUAAUAUUUAGGGAACAAAACUGUGAAAAUUGAUGUAUUGUCUCGUCCAGGUUUUCUUUCCGAACACCCUACGUUGGAUAGGCACAUCCUCUUGUCUGCGCAGAAGAACAUCGAGGGACGCGAUUUCGUUGUCUGCCUUAAACUCUGUAGAGAACUUUAUGAGGGGUGUGCAUUGUCGAAUUUUUGAACCAGGGCGUCUGUUUCGGUGGUAACAUCCUUCAGGCGGAAAAUAUCGUUCUCGUACCGAUCGCAAAAAUUUAAGGUCAUUAAUAGUGUCUUGUAAGCUUGUCAUUUCGACUUUGCCCAUGAAGACUUUUGCGUGGAACGGGCCGAGCGGUGAGCCCAUUAUUACGCCGUCUAUUUGCCUGUACACUUGACCAUUGCAGAGAAACUGGACGUUUUGCGUGCACUGUGGCAGUAGUUCUUUUUGCGUCCCCAACGGCAUGCCUAACAGGUAGUUCGUUUCGCGGGUAACGUCACAAACGUAGUUUAUUGUUUUGGCUACGGGUACAUUAGUAAACAGUGAUGCUACGUCUAUCGAUAGCACCAUCCGUCCGUCAACGAUAAUAUCCUUGAUCGUCUCGACAAACUCGAUGGAGUCCUUUAAACUUAGAGGGUACAGAUGACUUUGCAGCGGUUUAAGCUUUGGACACACAGGACGACGCAUGAGGGUUAGAAAUUGAUGUUGCAUUGUAAUACCCAGUGCAAUAGCGUGCGAGUUGGUUACGUUUAUGCCAAAUAUCAGUUCAAUAAACAUGGAAGCAUCACAAACGAUAGCGACAUAAAUAACUAGGAUGAAAAAAACAAUAAGUAAAUAAUAAUAAAAAUGAGGUCUUAUACCAUACGCAUGACGGUCUAGUUGCGGCAAGAGAGACAAAAAUGAAGUGACAAGUGAAGGACACCGCGCGACUGAAGGCUGGAAGCCGGAUGAACUACAUAAAUAGAACUGUUUGCAUGAAACAUACUCCAGACGGAAAGCGAAGCUUGAGCGAAACUAAUGUAAUCCAUAUGGUUUAUUUUUAAGCUAUUUGCUAGCAGCGAUAAGCUCUCCAUCGCAUGGAAACCGACAAAAUUCGCACUAACCCGAGCGACGAUUCAAGACCCAGGUCUGCAGCCAUCGGUGAUCAUCUAUUAUAAGUCAGCGUGCGACCGCCUUCGGGGACGUAGAUCGAGUCACAAACCAGCACGGGACGCGCACGCCUUGUAACCCGAUCGGCGAACGCGCUUCCAACAUAAAUUAUAUGCCGCAAGAUGUUGAUAAAAGUUGUCAAAUCGGAGCUGACUUCGUUUCCCGGACGAAUGCAUUUAUUUAGUGCCACUGUGUGAUUGAUCACCAGUUUGCACGGUAAGUGUUUCACAUUAACAUGUAUCGGCCUGACGAUGAAUUAAGGUUUUGCGUUCGCCAUCUGUCAAAAGUAGACGAACUAAUGUUAGCUUAGUUGAUUCCAGUUAAAAUCCCCAAAGACACAUUCAAUUAAGUAAGGAUGCCAAGCGCCUAAAACGUCAUACACAAUUUAUUGUCUUCAGGCCCAUACCAGUUCGCUGAAAAGUCUGAACAACCAACAUAGCUCAAAAUCUGAGGAGGAUGAAUUGCUCACCGGAUCGGGGGACUUUUCUGGCUGACGUUUCGAUUAGCUGGGGCUGCUCUCCAUUGUCAAAGCGUCAAGUGAAAAAAUCGAUCAGCAUUUUUGAAUAGACUGCCACAUUAGUUGGCCCUGGGCUGAUCGAUUUUUUCUUCCUUCUCUGCCUCGGCCGUCGCCUGUGAAUGUUGGUGGCCUCCUGUAAUACGUGUCGUCACCCCAAUUGGGGUUGGUUGCGUUUGCUUUCCCCUUUUGGGUGAAGUGGUCGACAGGCCGUGUUUGCUCGGCAGGGGCACCUCAAGGACUGAGCGUCUCACUCUUGAGGCUUGGUACUCAGAUGCCAACUCCAUCAAUAGGCAUCUAGACCUUCCUUCGGCCUAUAAAGUCCUACGUCACUUCAUACACCGUGACGAAGACAAGACAAUCACACGGAGCCUAAGAAUGCCGAGCAAACACGGCCUGUCGACCACUUCACCCAAAAGGGGAAAGCAAACGCAACCAACCCCAAUUGAGGUGAAGACACGUAUUACAGGAGGCCACCAACAUUCACAGGCGACGGCCGAGGCAGAGAAGGAAGAAAAAAAUCGAUCAGCCCAGGGCCAACUAAUGUGGCAGUCUAUUCAAAAAUGCUGAUCGAUUUGUUCACUUGACGCUUUGGCAAUGGAGAGCAGCCCCAGCUCUUCGAAACGUCAGCCAGAAAAGUCCCACGAUCCGGUGAGCAAUUCAUUCUCCUCAGAUUACCGACCCGGAUCUCUUAAUUUUGCUAACCAUAGCUCAAAAUCUGUUCAUGUAAGAGACAAAGUCGCCAAGCAUUUGCAGUCUUCUGGACUGAGCGCCAACUUACGACCUUUGUGCAAAUGCUCCCAAAUUCGAAAAUAGGCUUUCAGAUGUCAACACGCUGACAAUCUGUUUUAAUUUCUGCAGAGGUAACCUUUCGAGGUGGGGAGCUACAUACACAGUGUUCGCAUACAAGAGUGUGUCUAAAGUACAAGGAUCGUACGAAUACCGUUUAAACCUUGGGAGAGGAGGGUCGUCAUGCCUUAUGCGCGAGUCGGUUUUCAUAUGCACUCGUUACUACACGUAAACAAGAAGUGUCCCAAUAAGUAAAUCUCUUCAGGAGCAUAUCACUCAAGAUAAAUCACAGACGAGAGUCUGUUUGUGGUACACGCAUGGGAAUGUUGACACUUGUGAAAAGUAUGUGAGAAAGCCGGUGAGGUCUGGCUGCCACCGCUACUGGAAGUCCUAUGCAUGAGAAUUAUCACAUGUCCUUAAGGUAUGUCUAAGUCCAUAACAGUAUGCCUGCGCGCUUCGCAGCCGAAAGUUUCGGAUGCGGUUCGUUGGUAUAGUAACUGCAGCGUCUACUGGCUAAUAUCUUAUAGAAUGGGAUACUGGGUCUAAAAGGCUGCAAGACAUAAUGGUUGCAUUGUUCCAUAUGGCAAUUGGCCAAAUAAGAGUCACAUAUUUGAUUUAUAACACUAAUUUGAUGAAUAUUCGGGACAUGAGCCAGAAGAAAACACUAUCAAGGCCUUACAAAUGAAUUUAAUUCUAGCCCAAUUCCUAGCCCAAUCUCACCUGGUUUAUAAGGAGAGUUUACAUCAAUCAGUCAACCACCAUCACUUCUAAAAUCCCAAGUUAGGACGAUCAGGAAUAUUAGGUCUAACGAAGUUGUUAAGAAAAAAACGCGCACUGUCGGCUUCUGCUCAUAGAGGAAUAGCCGAGAGUUUUGGAGGUCGUUUGCCCUGACGAUUCCUUCAUCAAUCGACAAGCCAACAUGAACGCCAUGUACACAAAUCUCAAAGAAAAUAGAAAAGGUGAUAGUUAUUCAAAAUGAGAUUCUUACCAACAACAUCGACCCAUUGGCAGCACUGACAAAACAACGUCGAUUUUUCAGAAAUGUUUAAAAUUUGACUGGGAGCCCGAAGACUGACAUUGGAGAGCAGAGAUCACGAAUUGUCGCUAAGGCAGCACAAACAAACAGACCAAAGUUUGCCUUCUCCCAGACACAGUUAUUACUCAGGUGGAACAAUCCUGCCCUGAAACACCCUCAGGUACUCUAUCUGCUGAUGCGUUCGAGUGCACAUUCGAAACACCAGACGACGGCAUCCUCUCCGUAGCAGCGUCUGCAACCACUUAGGUUUUGAUCAAUAAGUUCGACUUUUGGGACCCCAUGGACCGCCUGACCAUAAAAACGGCGCCGUGUGAGUUCGCUCAAAAAAGCCUCAUGGAAUUUGAAAAGGAUAAACUGAACGGCCUUCUUUAAUCUUAAUUAGCUUUUGAAUGGACGCGUACGACCGCUGCCGAAAUCGAAAAUCAUGGAGUAUUCGAAAACCUGAGUGCUAACGCCGAAGAAAUCCAAUCGCCAAAAAUCAACCAGAAAGGCUCCAAAGAGGACUGACGACUUCGAACAAGGCAAUGCUUCCUUCAAAUGCUUUUCCCACGAUAUACCGAAAAAUGUAGUGGCAUGGCGUAAUUACCGAUGGAAAACUCGAAUAUUCCCCACCGGUAACUUUCGAUGUACUUGGCCAAUAAACUCGCCUGCGUGCGUGUAUUCAGCAACAAAGUUGGGUCCAAUUAUCUUAACAGCUCCUCUGCCCCAUUUUAAAUACAAGUAGAGGCUGCAUUUAAAAACCGUUCUCAUUGGUACUUACACACUUAUGUUUAUUUGUGGGGCAGGGUAAAGUAAUCGUCUUGAAAUUGAAUGUUCUACCACAGUCCCAUCCCACACGCCUGACAAUGGCCGGCGUGUAGAUAAGAGUUAAUUAUUUGGCGCAAUAUAUUUGCAGAUGCAUAAAUACUUCAAAAAACACGUGAGCAAACGCCACAGUUUAAUCCAAGUUUCCGAAAUUUCUGAAAACAAAGACUAGGCGAGCGAAUUUUGAUAGAGCAAGUCCCAUUAACUGCUAACUGGAAUAGUCCAGAUGCAAAUAUUUUAAUGCAGCUACACGUGCCAGUUUGUCUGUCUGCAAUCUCAUAUGCCUCGUCAAUAGCCAAAUUACCGCGCGCGUUUCGAAUUUGAUUUCAAAUGUUCGCUCUCCGAGGAAUUUAGUUACUUCGAGAUUUGGACUUACUGUACGCUCUUAGAGCUUGCCGGAAUUUAGACUUGAAUUCGACUCAUCGAUAUCUUCCUCCCAACUAGUCUCCUGCAGCACAUUCCCAGAACUCCGAUUUCGGCGUUCCUCGUUUCUCAUACUUGCUAGCCCAGAAAGUCUGAUUAUCCGAAGAACAAUUUAUUCAAAGUUUCUACAAAGGCUGAGACGCUUUUCUACUAUUAGACAUUGUUUCAUCAUCGCCUCGAAGUAUUUGUCUAAAUUUUUGCUCUCGGAAGCUUCUCGACCAUACCUUCCCAUUCAGCUAAUGAAGUUACUAUCUACCGAAAGAUCGUCAUAAAGGCCUUUCCUUCAUACUUAAGUCUACGCUCUUUGUGUAUAUAGAAAAGUUAUCCAGAAUGUUGGAGUCUGCACUAGUGUUCCAAAGUAACGCGCACUUGUGAUUUGAACCGGGGACCUCAAGACUUAGGGCUCGCUCCGCUAACCCCUACACCACCGACGCACGGCUGGACAGCUCAGUUAAAAGCUUUAUUAAUUCCUCACCGCAGGAUCUGGUAGGAUAUUCAUGUAAUGGUUGUCAAACGAUAGCCUACAAGAUGCAUCAACUAGAGGAAGAAGUAAGAAAUCUGAAGGAACUUAUACACAAGACUGUUCCUUCAGAGGACCGCCCGGUGUUAUCUACGCAGAGGCUAACUCGGAGUAGAGCGAGAGCCAUCCAGCGUAAGGAAUCCCCAGAAAGCAAUUAUGGGGUGAAUAAGACAACUACUAUUAGUAAUCAAGUCGUGGCUUCCGAUGAAAUAAAGAAUAAGAGGAAGAAGACGACACUUAACACCACAGGGAAAAGUCGCCAGAAUACGAAAGAGAGUAUACUAGCCUUACCCGAAAAGCGGUUGGAAAAUGAAACGAAUGUAAAUGUGCCAACGGAAGAAGUGGAAGUAAUGGGGCAGAUGACGCCCAAUGUUAAUAAUUCCCAAACAGUGUUCUCAUUUCCGGAGCCUAACUUAGAGGGAUUAUCAGUUAGCGCAAAGACAUAUGGCUAUGGACCCAGGGUAGAAUUAGCUGCCACCGCGAAUUCCCAUGUCAACAGAGUCAAGAACCGAGCUGAGGAAGCCUCUAGUUCAUGGGGGUCAAGCUCUCCACAGAGCCCUCUGAUGGGAGGUAUUUUUGAUAGAUCCCAGUGUGCAACUAGUCACGAUGCCUUAACAGGAUCCGCGGACGAACUUCACGGGGACAUAAAUACCAAUAUGGCAGCCCCUUCCCCUUCUCCAGUCCACUUCGACGAGGCAAUAAGGCCAGCCAACGACGUCCAAAUCGCAGAAAACAGAGGAAUGCUUAACAAGGACCACUGUGUCAUAAUUCAGGGCCUCGCAGAGUCCUCCGCCAGUUCUCCCAGGGAACGAAUCGCUGCUGACUUAGAGCAAUUCCAGAAACUCCUCAAUGAAAUGCUGCAACCAACAGAAGAUGUCACAGUCCUAAAGGCGUUUCGUCUUGGUAGCCGUACAAAGGCCGCUCCGAAGACGCGACCGCGACCCCUAAAAAUCGUCCUUGGUAGCAAUGAGCAGGCGAAACUAAUACUUUCCAGGCGUUUUCGAUUGAAGCAUUCCCAUAAAGAAGUGUUUUUUUCAGCCGGACUACUCGCCUACCGAGAGAAUGAAACGCCGAGAACUUGUCCUAGAAUUGAAAACACGGCAAACCAACGGAGAGAAAAACUUGACAAUCUACAAAGACCGGAUUGUCAAACGACAUUCCGCUCCCCUCUGGAUCAAGCCGAUCCGAAUGACUGCACAGCUACCCCAGUAGCCCGUGUCGGGUUUGAAAACAAAUCUCACAUGAACUCGAAACUCAUAUUCAUGUAUACCAACGCGCAAAGUGUACUUUCUAAACUGGACGAACUCCGUAUCCAUACCUACGACCUCCAUCCAGAUGUUAUCUCAAUAACAGAAACAUGGUUGUCCGAACAGGUUGAUGAUAGAGAGCUCAUGCUCCUGGAUUUCAACUGUUCCGCCGAGACAGAGAAAACAGAAGGGGUGGAGGCAUAAUAACAUUUUUUAAGAACGGCUUGCACGUUUCAGAAAAAACUGUCCAACUGACUUGUAGUACCGAAGCAUUAUGGCUGACCAUAAGGGCACCGGGCUCUCAAAGUCUCGAUAUCUUGACAGUAUAUCGCCCCCCGAGAAAUGACCCUGACGCUGAUGCCCAACUGCUGCAGGAGCUCAGAUUAUUUUCAACGCGGCCGACCACUCUCAUCGUUGGAGAUUUUACUGCACCUCACAUCGACUGGAGCUCGGCCUCAGCCGACUGCUCUGAAGCAGCAUUUGACCAGCAGCUACUGCGUACCUCCGACAACCUGCUUCUCACACAACACGUAAUGUUUCCAACUAGAGUUCGAGACGGCCAACAGAUGAACUGCCUCGAUCUUGUGUUCACCAAGUCGUCUGACAACGUCGACGUUGUGAAUUGCCUCCCCCCGUUGGGUCAGAGUGACCAUGUAGUUCUUAUGUGGGAAUACACGUUAUUUUCCCUUUCUACACAACCGCUCUAUUCCCGACCUAAUAUUUGGCGCGGCGAUUUCGAAAAGAUGAAAAAGGAUCUUAGUCCUAUCGACUGGGCAUCCACUCUCUCCGGCAAUGUCGAAGAGGCUUGGUGUCAGUUCAAAGAGUUAGUCCACAACCUCAUCUCCAACCACUGUCCAAUCAUGCGCAAAAGACUAACAAAUAGACCUCGCUGGUUGACUCCGUCAUUAAAGAAGGAAGUUAACAAGAAGAGGAAGCUAUGGAAAAGAUCGCUGACGGAUCGCACGCCAGAAUCCCUAAGCAGUUAUAAGUUACAGAGAAAUCGGGUCAAAAUUCUCAUCGCCAGAGAUAGGAAAGCUUUUGAAAAGAAUCUUUUGAACCGUGCCAUGAUUAAUCCAAAAAUCCUUUACAGCUACAUAAGACAGAGCACACGGAACAAAGAUCCUGUCCCACUGCUGCGAACGGCUGAGGGUGUGGAAAUCUCCGAUAACAAGGAUAAGGCUAAACAUCUCUCUCAGGUCUUCCGGUCAGUCGUGGCAAGUGAACCUGCUUUUUCCUCACCCGCUUAUGAAGACGAUGAAACGCCUACCCUCGAAGCCGUCUUCUUCACCGAAACAAUUGUUCGGAAUGAGUUACUAAACCCAAAAGAAUCGACCUCCCCAGGCCCUGAUGCAAUCCCGGCCAAGCUGCUGAAGGAACUAGCUUCCGCUUUUCAAGGGCGGAAGUCGUGCGUCUGCGAAUAA